AGCCUACUUCUUGUUAAUGAUUGAGCUUCAUCAGAUUAGGCCACGGAUUCGAUCAUCGAUGGGUGGCCAGAGAAAUGGUGCCGCUAGCUCUUCCUGGCUUUCUCAGUUCUGGUUUUCAGCUCGGCGAACCAAACCCUUGAAUCCUCCUCACAAUACCACCGUCGCCAUAAAUCAUCCGGACGGCCUUACCCGUCGCCUCGGCCUCUUCGAUCUCAUCCUCAUCGGUGUCGGCGCUUCGAUUGGUGCCGGAAUCUUUGUAGUCACCGGAACCGUCGCCCGUGACGCCGGACCUGGAGUUACAAUCAGCUUCAUACUGGCUGGGCUCUCAUGUAUAUUGAAUGCACUAUGUUAUGCCGAGUUGGCUUCUCGGUUCCCUGCUGUUGUUGGAGGAGCAUACUUAUACACUUAUUCAGCUUUCAAUGAAAUCACUGCUUUCCUUGUUUUCGCACAACUGAUGCUCGAUUACCACAUUGGGGCGGCUAGUAUAGCACGGAGCUUAGCAAGUUAUGUAGCUACCCUGUUGGAGCUCUCUCCUGUUUUCAGAGGUCUCCCAAGUUGGUUCGGAACUGGUGAAGAGUUUUUUGGAGGAACUGUGUCAGUCAAUGUAUUGGCUCCAGUUCUGCUUGCUCUUCUCAGCGUUAUCUUAUGUCGCGGAGUUGGAGAAUCUUCCGUUUUGAACUCAGUCAUGACUAUUACAAAGAUUGUCAUUGUCAUCAUUGUUAUCUUUGUUGGUGCUUUUGAGGUCGACGUAGCGAACUGGACACCUUUUGCUCCAAAUGGGAUUAAGGCCAUAUUCACUGGCGCAACUGUGGUAUUCUUUGCUUAUGUUGGGUUUGAUGCAGUUGCAAAUUCUGCAGAAGAAUCAAAGAGGCCACAGAGGGACUUGCCACUGGGGAUCAUUGGCAGCCUUUUCAUUUGUAUUGUUUUGUACAUUGGAGUCUGUUUAGUGAUCACUGGUAUGGUACCUUAUAAUCUCAUUGGUGAAGAUGCUCCCCUCGCUGAAGCUUUUAGGUCAAAAGGCUUGAAAUUUGUUACUUUUCUAAUAACCAUUGGUGCUGUUGCUGGACUUACCACAACGCUUUUAGUCGGCCUUUAUGUUCAGUCUCGACUAUAUCUCGGUCUUGGAAGGGAUGGUCUGCUGCCCGCGGUAUUUGGUAAAGUGCACCCAACACGCCAUACUCCUAUCCAUUCACAAGUCUGGGUUGGAAUUGUCGCUGGUGUUUUGUCGGGGUUGUUUAAUGUGUCAGUUCUUUCCCACAUUCUGUCAGUUGGCUCAUUGACUGGAUACUCGGUUGUCUCUGCAUGUGUCGUUACCCUUCGGUGGAACGAUAGGCAUGCAGAUGAUCGAGUUUUAUCAAGGUGGACUUCACCCUGGCAGGAAGGUGUCAUUUGCCUCAUCGUGGUUGCCUGUUGUGGAUUUGCUACCGGUGUCUCAUAUCGUUAUGAUGGCUCGUUCAUUUUUAUGAUUGUAGCAGCUGUUAUAGCUAUACUCUCAAUAUCUGCUCUCUGCUUCCGUCAAAGUUACAGAGAUCCUCCAGGGUUCUCUUGUCCUGGUGUUCCCAUUCUGCCAGCUGUUAGCAUCUUCUUCAACAUCUUCUUAUUUGCUCAGCUACAUGAAGAAGCCUGGGUGAGAUUUGUGGUCCUCAGCAUUAUCAUGGUUGGAGUUUAUGCAUUUUACGGCCAAUAUAAUGCGAAGCCAGGAGGUAUGGAUGAUGAGACAAUCGUUUAUCAUAGUGCUCCUACUGAACCAACUUUCUGAGAACUGUGGGAAUCGCCAAACCGCCAUCAGCAUAUGGAUUGUCUUCUGUUGUACCCCAUUUGUUGUUAUCCUGUAUCGUCCAUGUAUUCAUUUCCAGCUUAAAUCUUGUAUGAUAUCAUUACUUGGAUAAAAAUGAUAUGUGCUU